AUGCCCUAUCAGCCAUCCAUAAGUAAGUUCUUCAAGUCUAGCUCGAAGAUUUCAUCCAGAAGCGAUGCCAAAAGUCCAAAUGAUAGCAUCUCUUCAGACCAAAAUCUAAACGAGUCUGUGCCAGAGGAAUCGGCCGUGACCACUCCUGAGUAUCGACCUGGGAUUCCCCACAGACUCGAUGCAACAAAAUCGGCAUUGAAUGAGUACAUUUUUGCCAAAAAUAGAAGCGGAAUUGAGCCACUUGCUACUGUUCGCGACUAUCGCGAUUCCGAAGCAUUUUCGUCAAGAGUUUCUGCUGCGCUUUCCAAAAGGGCAUCUGGCGUCAUAGAUCGAGACUGCCAUCGCGAAUCAUCCAUAGACAAUGAGGAUAGCUUGCCUGCCGCCAAAAGAGUCAAGCUGGGUAAACUUACACCACUAGAUCAACAAGUAAAAGAUCUAAAACUUCAGCAUAUGGACAAGGUACUGGCGGUACGAGUUGGCUACAAAUAUAAAUUCUUUGCAAUGGAUGCUGUAGUAGUCAGUCAAAUACUGCAGAUUAUGCUAAUAAAAGGAAAACUGUCUCUUGACGACUCAAACCCAGAUGAUUACAACCACAAGCAGCUUGCGUAUUGCAGUAUACCAGAGAAUAGACUUCAAGUGCAUUUGCAGAGACUUCUCCACCAUAAUUUAAGAGUCGGUGUUGUUGAACAGUCAGAAACCCAGGCUAUCAAGAAAAUAAGCGGAACUUCCAGUGGUGUAUUUCGAAGACAGGUGGACAAAGUAUUUACGAGAGCUACUUUUGCCAUCAAUGAAACUUUCAGUGGCACGGAUAUCAAUCACAGAGAAGAACUCAAUACAAUAUGGGCAAUGCGAGUGGAUGAAGAUCAAAAUUUCUAUCACUUUUGGAUACUCUCAGUACAAUUAACAGGAGGAGAAAUAAUCUACGAUCAAUUCAGCGACAGAAAGAAUUCAAAAAUUGAGCUUGAUAAAAGAGUCUCUUACCUCAAACCGAUUGAGGUUGUUUCGAAUUUGGAAAUUCCUAAUUAUGUUACAAGCUUUUUUGCACAAAUACAACCUGAAGUUCAAUUUCACGACUGCAGCACAUUAAUCCCAGACGAUUCUAGCUCUGCAGUAUUUAAAGAAUUGAAUUUGGGAGAGGAGUUCAAGGAGUUGAGAAGCACACUUCGUCGAUACCUUGAAAACUACAAUACCGAGAAAAUUCUCGACAUGCCUCAUGUCUAUAAACCUUUCAGCUGUAAGAUCAGCAUGUUGCUCUCUCCCAAUACUUUGGAAAGUUUAGAGAUAUUUGAGAAUCAAACUGACCGCAGUAGAAGAGGAUCUUUACUAUGGUUAUUGGACCAUACGAGAACACCCUAUGGCUAUAGGCUACUGCGCGAAUGGAUUUCUAAGCCGCUGAUCGAUAGAAAAGCCAUCAAUGAAAGACUGGAUGCCAUCGAAUGUUUGAAGCAAGAAAUAACGAAUAUUUUCAUGGAAGGCUUGGGUAAUACUUUAAAAGAUACACCUGAUUUCUUAAGGAAUUUGAACCGAAUUACGUAUGGCCAAACCUCAAGAAAGGAGGUUUACUACUUUCUUAAGCACCUUGAUAUUAUCGCAAAACACUUUACAAAUCACCACUACUAUUUUCAAGAGCAAGUUCUUGAAUCUGGUGGAAGGGUUCGUCACAAGUCUUCUCUUCUAACCUCUGUCUUUUGUCGUUUAGACGAUGCCUUACGCAAAGUAAACGUAACGAACCUUCUCAGUAUGAUAAACGUUGGCGCUGUAUUAGAUAAGAAUAAGGAGAAGCGUUGUGUUGAAUUUUUCAAUCUGAGCAAUUAUGACAAGUCUGAUGUUAUAACAUCAAAAUUACGGGACAUUGAAAACGUUAGAGAAGAACUACAGAGAGAAUUAGACAAUAUUCGACGUCUGUUGAAAAGGCCGCGGUUCUUAUUCAAAGAUGAAAUUGAGUAUCUUAUCGAGGUGCGGAAUAGUCAGCUUGCUGGGCUUCCAAAUGACUGGGUCAAGGUCAACGAUACCAAAACUUUAAGCAGAUUCAGGACUCCAGAAACGACAAAGUUGGUAGACCAGCUCGAGUACCAUAAGGGGCUAUUGACGAUUAUCUGCGAAGAGCACUUCAAGAACUUUCUAAAUUGCAUCGGUCAACAUUACGAGUUGCUCAAAGAAGUUAUUGAUAACUUGGCCAUGUUUGACUGUAUCCUUUCACUUGCUGCAAUGUCAUUCAAUCGAAACUAUGUGCGACCAAAAUUUAACGAGCAAUCACGUUGUGUGAGAAUCAGAAAUGGGAGAAACCCCAUAAUCGAGUCGCUUGACGUCAACUAUGUGGCAAAUGACGUUCACAUGAAAGAAGAUGAGAACAAAUUGACAAUAAUUACUGGCCCUAAUAUGGGCGGAAAAUCUUCUUUUAUACGCCAGGUUGCCCUUAUUAGUAUUUUAGCUCAAAUUGGCUCAUAUGUUCCUGCGGAUAGUGCAGAGUUGCCCAUUUUUGAAAGUAUUUUCACGCGCAUCGGAGCUCAUGAUAAUCUUAUCAGAGGCAACUCAACUUUUAAAGUUGAGAUGCUUGAAAUGCUUGACAUAAUAAAAAACUCGGGAGAGAAUUCUUUGCUUCUGCUGGACGAGGUAGGAAGAGGCACGGGAACAACAGAUGGUAUCAGCAUUUCAUAUGCGAUAAUCAAUUAUUUUCUUGGCCUGGAGAAGCAGUGCCCCUUCAUCCUUUUUAUCACGCACUACCCCAUUUUAGGUGCCAUCAAAUCACCACUACUUGAUAACUACCAUAUGGCAUAUAUCGAAGAGAAACGCUCUGGUGAGAAAUGGCCAACUGUCGUAUUCCUUUAUAAGUUAAGACGCGGUCCUGCUCAUGACUCAUAUGGGCUCAAUGUCGCCAGGCUUGCGAGGAUUCCUACCGACAUCAUAAACAAAGCUUAUGAGGUUUCUGAGAAAUCCAAAGCGCAGAUUGAAAGCGAUGAAAACCUGAAUUUUACGAACCAUUUGAGCAAGGUGAUCGCAAGUAAAAAUCUCUCAGGCAAGCAGAAAGUUGCAAAACUGUUAGAUUUCUAA